GCCCCCUCUCCCUGCGCUCCUCGGGGCGAAGAGGAGGAAGGGGCGGGCAGGAGCUGCUGCUGCUGCUGCUGCUGCUGCAUCCACCGCCGCGCCAGGCAGGCAGGCAGACAGGCAGACAGGCAGGCAUUUCUCCUCCCACGGCUAGCGUCGAGAGCGCGGAGCUUCAGCCGUGGCCCCUCCGCUGGCUUCAUUCUCCUGCAUCGUGGGGAGCUAGGACAGAGGCGCCCCGAGAAGAACGGAGCCCAGGCAGAGACCCGGCCCCCAGGGUCAGGACAGCCCCGGCCCGCAGCUGCAAGCAUCCUCCCGGGACGCGGUCCACGAUGCUACCCGUGCCUGCGGCGGGAGUAGCCCCAGCAGAGCAGGGCUAACCUGCUUUCCCUGGCCGGUCCACCCUACCUCCCCUCCCCUCCCGGGGCCGCCCCGCUGACCCCCGGCCCCAGCCAUGGCGAAGCAGUACGAUGUGCUUUUCCGGCUGCUUCUGAUCGGGGAUUCCGGGGUCGGCAAGACCUGCCUCCUGUGCCGCUUCACGGACAACGAAUUCCACUCCUCCCAUAUCUCCACCAUUGGAGUUGACUUUAAGAUGAAGACUAUAGAAGUAGAUGGCAUCAAAGUUCGGAUACAGAUUUGGGAUACUGCAGGGCAGGAAAGAUAUCAGACCAUCACCAAGCAGUACUACAGACGGGCCCAGGGAAUAUUUUUAGUCUAUGAUAUCAGCAGCGAGCGAUCUUACCAGCACAUCAUGAAGUGGGUCAGUGAUGUGGAUGAGUAUGCACCAGAGGGAGUCCAGAAAAUCCUUAUUGGGAAUAAGGCUGAUGAAGAGCAGAAGAGGCAAGUAGGAAGAGAACAAGGCCAGCAGCUGGCUAAAGAGUAUGGCAUGGACUUCUUUGAAACUAGUGCCUGCACCAACCUCAACAUAAAGGAGUCCUUUACUCGUCUGACGGAGCUGGUUCUGCAGGCACACAAGAAAGAGCUUGAUGGUCUCCGAGCACAUGCCAGGGAGGAGUUGGCACUGGCUGAGUUGGAAGAGAAAGACAGCAAAACUGAGGGCACAGGGAACUCUUCAAAAAACUGCUGGUGUUGAGGAACCCAUUCAGGGCAUCCCCCUGCUCUGUGCUACAUUUUCCCCUUCACAGACCAGGGGACAGUAAAGGGCUCUGAGUCUUACUCCCCUACUGCUCUUCCCUCACCCAGAUAACUUCAUUGAAUGUCAGUAGGUAUCCCUGUCCAGCCCCUGGAGCAGGGUCCCUGUCCUCUGUUAGUGACCUUCUGUUCCCCUCCGGGCACUGGUGUCCUCAAAUGUUUACCCUGAGCCUCAAGGCUUCCUGUUUCCAAGAUGUGUAGUGAUGAGCAUCUACAACCUCUAUCUCUUUACUCCCCCAUCUUACUUCUUUGGAUCCCUCCUCCCUAGAGUGCCUGAGACCACAGCUACAUCCACUCUUUUGCCUCUCUCUGUCUCACAGCGCGCGCGCGUGCACACACACACACACCCCAUGAUUCUCCUGCCUUUUAUUACUAUCAGCACUGUCAGAUCCUCCGUUCCUUUCUUCCCUCUGUUCCCUUCUGCCUGAAGUGAUGGAGUUGGAGCCAAGUUCAUUAGUCUUUUUUAUUUCCAUAUUCUCUGCCACAGGGAGUACCACUAUCUAUGGAAUUCAUUCCUGUGCCCCAUCUUUUUUGCAUCCCAUUUGCCCCAGGAGGGAUCAGGGCAGAGGGAAUGAGUACCCCACUGGACAGUACCAUAGCAUGUUGGCAGAGCCUCCUUACCCACUUUGCCCCUCCCCUACUCUGGCGUCUGACCUGCCUGACUACUUCUAGAAUUUUGGGAGCGGUUUCCGCUGCUUCCCAACUUUUAGUGAAGACCCUCUCUUACUAGAGAAUUAAACAUGGAGGAAGAAAAUAGAUAUAUAUCUCAACAGGAGGCUGGGAAAAAGAAAAAUGUAGCUCAGGAAAAGGAAUCAGGGUGGGGGGGAACAAACUCCCUUGUUUGGGGGGAAGCUCACUUCUUGGUCAAGUUGGUCUCAUUUCCCUUACUUCUAUCCUCUCCCUACUCAUAAGCACAUACAUUUUUCUGGGCUCCUGUAGUUGGAGCAAGUAGAUCAGGGAGAUGAGAGCCUACUAUGGGGAAGACUUUGGGACUCAUGGUACCAAUAUGGACAAACUCUUAAGGGAUUGGUUGGGAGCCCUGGCACAAAAUUCAUGGAAAAACAGGGCAGUCUGUGAGGUGAUGGCAACAAUUCUCUCUUGAACUGGACCCUCAAGGAAAAGUCGAAUUAGUUUUCUGCCUUCACUGUCUAACUGAGAAAAGCAUUUUCCCAUCCAUGAGCCCUUAGGACUGGGGAGGGAAACUGUACCUAUUCAGCACCCUUUUCUUGACCUCAACUCCCUUCUAACCCAAUCCAUGAAUUUGCUUGACAAAGAAUUAAUAGGAGAAGGUCACAGACCUUAUAUAUCCUACCUUUGUUUCAGGAAUGAGGCUGAGGAGUGGGAGAAGUGCCAGACCCUAGGUGAGAAGCUCUUAAUGACAUUCUGGGUACCCUUAAGGAUGAAGUGUGCUCAUCUUGCUCCUUCAGUGGGCUGAUGAUGAUGGAAUAUUUCCAGCUGAAAACUCAUUGUAUUGUGGCUGGCAGUGGGAAAGAAGGAGGCCUUGAUAUUUAUUCAGAGCCUCUAAUUGAAGGAGAUGCCUCCUUUCCCCUGUAUUCCUGAGGCUCCACAUAUCAUAAUCCUAGGCUGGGCCCAAAUUGCUCUCAAGUCCAAAGAGACUAAAAGUAUGCUUGCUCCUUGGGAGAUCAGGAUAGUCAACUCCCCUCUGGGGUCACCCCACCCUGGCAUCCCAAUAUAGGAGCAGCCUAGAGGAGAGGUCAAUUAUCCUGCUGCCUCUUGAUACCUCAGAUAGGGGCCCCUAACAAAACUAUUAGGGAUUCAGCAACUUAGAAGUAAAAUUCAUUGAGUACCAUAGCAAGGAGUAAAGGGUGUGUGUGACCAUACACACCUUCCAACACGCUAUCUAAAUCAUUCAAUUCAGUCUCUUCCCCAUAACUCAGGUUAUAGAAAGGCCAGGGAAGUUAAGAGUGGGAAUAGGUUGAGGCUGGUAGAAAAAACAGGAAUAUAUGGCACUUCUAACUGAUGAGAGAUUUAAGGUUAGGGGAGAGGAGACAAGGAGAUAGGACUCUGCUUAAAUCAGUUAAAUUUAUUAAGCCUCUAUUAGGUGCUUAAUUGACAGUCAAUAAGCAUUUUUAAGUGCCUGUGUACUAUGUACUAAGUACUAUGUGCCAGGCACAGUGCCAAGCACUGGGAAUACAAAGAAAGGCAAAAGAAAGUCCCUGCGUUCAAAGAUCUCACACUGUAACUGGGGAGACAACAAGCAAAUACAUACCAACAAGCUCCAUACAGGGUAAAUAGGAAAUAAUCAACAGAGAGAAGGCCCUAGAAUUAGAGCUUUGAAGGUGGGGUUUUAAUUGGGACUUGAAGGGAAACCUCAGAAACUAGGAGGCAGGAAUGAGGAAGGAGAACAUUCCAGGCAUGGGGAAUAGCCAGGGACAAUGCUCAGAGCUGAGAGAUGGAGGGUCUUGUUCAUACAAUAGCAAGCAAGGAGGCCAGCGUUACUGGAUCUAAGAGUAUUGUGUGGGUGUGGGGAGGUAUAAGAAGACUGGAAAGGUGGGGCUAGGUUAUAAAGGGUUUUGAAUGCCAAGCAGGAUUUUGUAUUUUGUCCUGGAGGUGACAGGGAGUCACUGGAGUUUAUUGAAUAUGAGGAUGACGUGUUUGGGCCUGCGUUUUGGAAAAUCACUUUGGGAGCUGAACAGAGGAUGGACUAAAGUGGUGGGCAGACCAACCAAUAGCCUAUUGCAAUAGUCCAGCUGUGAAGUGAUGAGGGCCUAAGCUAUGUUAGAGUUUACAUAAAACACUGGAAUCCUGCCCUCAUGCAGUGUAUAGUCUGGUAGAAAGGUAAGACACAAGCAGAGAUGACUAUACUAUGUAAUGGUACAUAAGUGCAUUAUAGAAAUACAAAACAGAUUCCAUAUGAGGGGGAAAGUCGUCACCAGCAGGAGGAAUCACAACAUCUUGGUGGAGAAAAAACCAGACUACAUCUUGCCUUCAAACUGGGAUGCCCCACUGGGUCAAAGCAAGGUGGGCACAGGAUGCUCAUGCUAAUGUAUGCAUCAAGGUGGCCUCAAAUUUAAUCCACACAUUUACUAAGUGCUCCCCACAUCCAUAACAGUGUGAUGGGCACUACUUCCCUGCAAAUCAGGCAGAGAUGUACAUUUCCCUCCUCAGCAGGAUGGGGCCAGAUUCUACCCCUGGAGGAGUCCUGGAAAGAAGGCUUCAUCACCAAUUGGCAUGUUAGGGGAGGUGGCUGCUGGUGGAAGAUAGAGUUUUGUUUUAAAGGAGAAGCCUGGUUUGGGGCAGGGGGGGUUAACAGCAUUGGUGUCUCAUAACCCUUCCAUAAGCCCAGGAAAUGGCUCAUGGGAAUGGCAUGAAGCAUAGGCCAUUGCAGGGCUCCCUUGCCUAUUAGCCCAUCUCUGCCAUCCCUGCCCCUGCCUUACUCCAGAAAUGACACUGGUUUCUGAGCCCCUGCCUGUCUCUGUGACUUGUGAACGUUUCUGUCCUGUGUCUGGGGUUCAUUGUAUGAACUGUGAGCAGGGACUCAUCUAUUUUAAACACGGAUGUUUACAGAAUAAAGGUAAUUUCAAAUCACAAUUGGGCUGCAACACAGCAGUCCUGGAAUAGAAAGUCUCAAUGAGGGGAAUAGGGAUUUGGGGUUGUUGGUAUAAAGGAGAGGUCUAGGUACCCUAAGUCACAGCACUGUGAUUUCUGCUGUAGUCUUUCUGACGUCACUUACAAAGAAGUCCACUUUGAAGGCUGUGACAUCUCUUCUUAUUCUCUUGAGAAAUGGGCCUAAAACUAUAGGAACUGAGUGAGACACAAGGAAGAACUUCCCAACAUUGAUUUGCUAAAAGAGGUUCCCAGGGGAAUUUAGUUAUCAUUAUCAUCAUCUCUGGAAGAUCUUUUAAAACUAAUAUUCAUUUUUAAUUGUUUGGGAGUAAAACAGUAUCUAUCUGCAUGAAAUGCAGAGAAGGGACUGAAUGAUCUGUUUGAGUCCAUUUUGACUUUGUAUUGGAUACUUUGGGGAAGAGGAGGCAAAAAUCAAGCAUUCUUCUUUUUUUUCUCCUCCCUUCUACCCUGUCACCCCACUCCCACCCCCCACCCCUGCUGAAAAUAAAGAAAGAACCUUUAUAUCCCAUAACCAAGCAAAACAUUUCCACAUUGGUCACAUCCAAAAAUGCAUUUAUUCUUUUACAUGUUAGUCCAUCAUCUUCCAGUCAGAUUGUAAACAUUCUUCCUUACUGGUCCUCUUGAAAAUUAUUGAUCAGUUAGUUGAUCAGUACUCAAGUCUUUCAAAAUUGUUUGUUUUUAUAAUAACAAUGCUAUAGUAUGUAUUAUUCUUUGGGUUCUGCUCACUUCCCUCUGCAUCAGUUCAUACAAGUCUUUCCAUGUCUCUUAGAAACCAACUUUUCUCUCAUUUCUUACAUCACGUUAGUUUUUCAUUGUUUUUUUCCCCUUUUUUGGAGGGGGGAAGGCAGGGCAAUUGGGGCCCAAGGUCACACAGCUAGUAAGUGUGUCAAGUGUCUGAGGCUGGAUUUGAACUCAAGUCCUCCUGACUCCAGGGCAGGUGCUCUCCUCACUGCGCCCCCUAGCUCCCCCCCCCAGUUUUUCAUUAUUUUGCAUCCUCUGUUUUCAGGGGUUUUUUGCCCCCACAAAAAAGAGCUGCUAUAAAUACUUCAAUAAGCUGAAGAGGCUAGGGAUGUUUAGGGUUGAGAUGGGAAGGAAUGGGACAGAAAUAGAAAGAGGUAGUGUAUCUAGAUUUGAGAUCACAAGACCUGAACCUGUGUCUCAUCAUCUGUAAGUGAGGGGUUGGGAUUACAUGAUUUCUAAGCCCCCUUUCACAUGCCCGAGCACUGAUAACCCAAUACCUUACAUGUUUAUAGUACUGGAUAGUGCAAGCACACUAUUUUAUUUUACUUGCAUAAAAGUCCUUUGAAGCAGGCAGGGCAAGCAGUCUUACCUUCACUCUACAGAUGGGAAAACUAAAGCUAAGGAGGCUUAAGUUACUCAUGGUCUGAAAGACAGUAAGUAGAAGAACAAAUUUUUGUACUCUUACAUUCCAUCCAAUGCUUUUUUCUGCUAAACCAGAAAGGAAAGUCAUAUGAAUUAUCUUGCCUUGUAAGUUUAUCGGCACUCUUACAAUUCUAUGCUGCCACCAGAAAAACUGCUUUUCCUGAGAAGUGGGAUGAGACUAGUAAGGGACGGUGCUCAGGGUAGAGAUGAGGGGACCUAGGGAGAGAUAGCAGGACUAAAAACUCAUGCGGUCCUGGGGCAGGGUGAUUACACGGGAGAAGCCAAUGGAAGGUUCAGGAAAACCUUAGGGAGUACUAGGAAAACAUGAAAACAAGUCCAGGGCAUGUUUGCCACGUUAUAGUUUAGCCCGUUGUCACUGGCAAAUACUAAUUACUUGAUUGCAGGGUGGAGAGAUUUAUUAGGAGAUUCUGGAGACUCCUUCCCAGCCUCAGUAGGGGGCACAGCUCACCCCCAAUUCUUGCCAGUCCUACUUAUAAAAAAACACACCAAAAAUAAACAAAUACUUCCUAUUGAGACAAAGUCCUUUAGUGAAUCCUUUCCUUAAGAAAAACUGGUUCCUUGUUUCUGGCAGGUAUGUGCCAGGCCCAGGUUGCAAGAGAGAGAAGAGGCCAGACCCUUUCUGAAGAGUCAACUCUCUAGGGCUUCAAGCAGGGAUGGAACACCUUCAGUUCCUCCCCAGAACUGAAACAUGGUUUAAUUCAUUUAAUUUCAUUAUAACAUUUAUUAAACACCCAUUAUGUGCUUGGCAGGAUUUUUUAAAACUGGGCUUAUGAUUUCAUUAGUGUAGAAAAUUCUUGGUGAAGAAUAUUCUCUGCCAGGGCAAAUCAUUAAAUCUGCUACUUACAGAUUUA